AUGUUGAUUUUAAGCAGUGCACGACAUGUUGGUAUUGCCAUCGGUGUCCGAUUGCAUCGAUUCUCGACUGCCAAUUGGCUAGUGGUUAAGCUAUUGGCGUUCUGUGCUAAGGCUGUCGGCUUGCCGCUUGUGUCAGUGACCAGACGUCACCAGUGUGAGAUUUGCUUGCAAAAAUACUAAAUUUAUGCCGUGUGCUUUUUAAAAAUUAAAAGUAUUAAUUACUGACUUUGUUGUGUCUACUUAUAAAUAUCAUGUGUUUUUAAAUUACCUUAAAUUGAUUAACACAAUGUUUUUUGGUAAAUUUAUUUUGUGCAUUCGUUUCUUAAUUUUAAUAACAUGCGCUGAAAGACUACAGGCUUCGUCCCACUGGAUGGUUACUGAAAGCGGAUUAAUUCAGCCCAGGCUGGAUUCUCCAUUUGAAAUGGCUCGACCUUAUGACUUCUUAUCAUUUUUAAAGCAAGAAACUCGUUGGGAUGAAAUUAUUAAGAUGCACCAUGAGUUGUCUAAAAAACAAAAAUUUCUUGAUGACCUCUGGACAGAUAUUGAAAAAGAUACAGAUUUAGGUGUUGAUGUUGGAAAAGAUGAAAAUUGCAUGAGGGCAGGCCCUCUUAACAUGAUUGAUUGGUAUCAUACACCUCUAGAAGAUGGUACUAUUAAAAAUAUUGCAGAGGAAGAAUUUUUGCUCCCAAGCAGUUAUGGGCCAAGUAUUGAUGUACCCGAUUGUAAAAAGAUAUCAUCCCUUACCUUCAGUAUGUUUACUUUUGAACAUUUAAGUAGUAUGAUAAAAAGAACAAAUAUUUCAAUUACACCAGAGUACCCUUCACUGGAUAUAAUAUCUCCUGCGGCAUCAGUAGAGCAAUUUGGGCAUUGGUUAGCUGGUGCCUUAAGAAAGAAUAGUUCAUCGUGGCUGCAUUAUAACCUAGCAGCUUUAUUUUGGAGGAUUAAAGGGAAUGCACCAAAAGCUUUAGAGUGUUGCCGUCGAGCAGUGCACUAUGCACCCAGACAAUAUAAAGAUAUAGCCUUAUUAAACUUAGGAUCUCUGCUAUAUCGUGCCAAAAAGUAUGCCGAUGCUAUAACAAUAUUAAAUGGUGCCCUAGACCAUGAUUCGCACAACUCUAUCGCACAUUUUGUAUUGGGGAAUAUUUAUACAUAUUUGGGUGAAUUUAAUAUUUCACUUGCUCACUAUAAAGUGUCCUUGGGAAUUAAUCCAAAGAUGGAUAUAGCUAAGAAACACAAAUAUGCUACAUUAUGUCACGUACAUUUGGGUGGAAGGAUACGGAAUUUAAAAGUGAAAAUAGAUAAACUGCGUGAAGGGCUGAGUGAAUAUAUUCUUAAGGAAUCAAUGUGGAUUAAAACGCAGAGCGAAUUUUUAAAGACAAUGAAACCAAUUGAUGGAUAUGAUUAUAAAAACGUAGAAAAGAACUGCGCAAAGAUGUCAGAAUUGACAGGACUCAGGAUCAGUGAAAUAAAAAUGUUGGGUGAUAGAUACUCUUUGAUAAAAUACUUUUUCGAUGGACCGAUAUACAAUGAUAGGUUAAUGGAAGUGACCGGUACUGCCAAUUUGGACGCCAUUUACACGUUGCAAAGGAUCGUAAGUCAUAUACAGAGACAUGCCAAUAUGGCGGACAUAUUAGUGCAUUUCAAUAAGGACGAGCCGAUUGAAGACCAAACUGCUAAGCCGGAACAAAUUGCACAGAAUGAAGACGCCCAAUCAGAUGUUGAAAAGAAAACUCAAACGAGUGAUCAAUUCUCUGAAUUUGAAAGUGGAAUAUUUUUAUACCCACCAACAUUAAAAAUUAACAGAAAUGAAGAGGACUUUGACAAAGACGCAAAUUGGCCGUCAGAUGCAAUGUGUACACAGGCAUUGCAUAUAUUUCCCGAUAAUAUGGAGGCGAUGUACCCAGUCUUUUUACCAUUGGAGAAUAAAGGAAUAAGAGUGAAGAAUCUCCUUACUGACAAGAUCGGAGUCCCGCUCGGCGAGGAGCAUGAGUUGCCCUGGCAUCCGCCCGUCUGCCCGACUGAUAAGGAAGGAAAAAAAUCAUACAAGCAACAGUUGAUAACUGAGGUCGUCGAAUCGGACCUACUAAGGCAGAAGUUGUUAGAAUAUGUUGGCGACGGAGAAGUGGAGAAAGCGGAACACAUGCAAGAUGCUGAAAUUGGACACAGAAUAUAUGUAGCAAUGAAGAAGAAUACAGCUCCAAAAUGGAUAACUCAAGUGAUAGCGUCUCUCUAUUGGCGUGUUCGCGGUAACCGAGUGAAUGCCUUGCAUUGCCUUCAAGCGGCGAAUAAAGUCGUACCGCCGAAGUACAAAGAAGUGGUUUUGGUGUCUUUGGGCUCCGUACUUAUUGAGAUGGGUUGCUUCGAGGAGGCAGUGGCAGCCACCGAAGAAGCCUUUAGGUUGAAUUUGUAUGAGCCAGCUACAAAUUUCCUCUUAGGCGAACUGAACAUGAUAAAGCGGCACAGACGGACACACAUGUUUCACCUAAAACAAGUCGUGCGUGUGGAGCCAGGUUUCAUGAACGGUCUGGCGAAGAAUCUCCUAAACGCCUGGGCCUGCAUCAUGAAGGAGGUCAACAAGUUUCAGGAGAUUGGUGAGUAUUUCAUAGAAGGAGACAUAUGUACGCAAGUGGAGCCGGGAAUUAACAUGGUGUGUGAGAAGGGAGGUGAAAACUGUCAUAUGACUAACAUCCAGUGCUUCAGUAGUCAGGAGAGAUCGGAUACGAGCAUGAUAAUGAAGCUUCUAGAACAACAUGAUAAGACGUACCAAUCAAAGGAUCUGAUGAGUGAUGACUUCUUCAACUUUGUGAUACAGAGAAUGCCGAGCGAUAGAACGGAAAGGCUUGCUCACCAAGCGAAUUACGACCAUAUGAUGAAGGCGGUAGAGACGAUUUUGCAUGGAUGUGGGCCUUUAGGAUGUAAGAGUCUGCAACCUGCUGAUUUAGCGCUUACAGAAGAGGAAUGCUCGCAUCAUUACAUACAACUUGGCUAUUGGCUGCACAUUGUCAGCUUUAAACAACUCUUUUCUGAUACAAAUAUACGAAUACCGUCAGAGAUUAUCACAAUGAAUCCGUCGAAUAAGAAAAUACCGGAAUGCAAGCUGGUCUCCGAGCCCUUAGAAGACUUUUACUACGAGAGACUCAGUCGCAUCGAUACAGAAGGCUGGCAGCCCAUCAUGACGCUGACUCACCAGUUUGCUGAACUGUUCAAUUACUUUGACUAUGUUACACUGGGAGCUAAGAUCGCUAAAUACGUGGAAGCUCGUCCGUCGUCGUGGGUGGCGGCCUUAAGCGCUAGUUGGUGGUGCGGGGCAGGCGGACACGGCGCGUGCGCUGUACGCUGCGCAGCCGCAGCUCACGCACUCGCACCGCAGCAUUAUUCCUCAUAUCCGCUACGGGCUUUGGUCGCCUUCUUGCAUAUGCAUUCCAAAGGAAAAGACGCCAAGGACGUAGCCUAUCUUUCCUUCUAUGGAUCACCAAAGAGCAAAAUCGAAGCAUUUUUAGUCGCCAUCUCUCAUACAUAUCUCGAAGAAUUCGAUCAAGCAGUGUGGAUGUAUCGCUACUCCCUGGUAUUUGACGAACAAUUUAAACCAGCCAAAGCCUGUCUCCACGCUACCAUGUGUCUUAUGUUAAUUCCCGAAGCAAAAAAGGGGAUAAGAAAUAAAUGAGGGUAAAACACGUAUUUAUAAACGUACUAUAAACUUUAAUUAUCUAAUUAUUGUCCUUAUAACUUUUUCAGCCAAUUGAGGCUUAUAUUAAGAUUAACCUCAGGGAGGCGAAACUCGGUUACGAAUUGUAUUGCUCAAUUAGUUAACGUCUGAUUUGGAGAAGUUCAUGGUUUUAUUUGGCUUCAGAUCUGAUCUUUACUAAAUUAAGUAACAGUUAACUUCUAAUGAAUGACCCAAUAUAAAGUUGCUCAUGUGUGUAUGUUUAAAAUUAUGUAUGAAGAUUGGACUAUUCAGAUUCAGUGUCGAGACUUUUAUGAAAUAGUAUUCAUACUUAAUUUUUACAUAGCGAACAUAAUUUCACGCCACGUACGUACAACACGUACGUAACUUACGUACAACACGUACGUAACUUACGUACAACACGUACGUAACUUACGUACAACACGUACAUAGCUUACGUACAACACGUACGUAACUUACGUACAACACGUACGUAGCUUACGUACAACACGUACGUAACUUACGUACAACACGUACGUAACUUACGUACAACACGUACGUAGCUUACGUACAACACGUACGUAACUUACGUACAAAAAACUGAACAGGGUCCGGCGAUAAAUUCUUUCUUACCUUUCACACACGUUUUGUAAAGUGGGUCUUUUGUUAUUACGAAAAAUGGGCUAAGGCUGACUCAGGAAGAUAUAAGAAAUGAAGUUACAGAGUUGCAGGGUCCUGAUAUUUUAUAGGACUUCAUGUCUGUGUGGAAAGAGAACCGGUGUUUUUUUUAAGGGACAGCCGCAAACGGGCAAGAGGCUCAUCCGAUGCUAAGCGAUAUCGCCGCCCAUGGACACUCAAUGCCAGAAGGCUCGCGAGUGCGUUGCCGGCUUUUAUCUAAUUCCUAUACUGAUAUAAAAUGCGUACCAUUAAUUCGUUAAUAUACAUCAUAAAUAACAUGCUUGCGUUGACAGUUGCGUUUCUGGAAUCAUAUUUUACUCAAUACAUAACGUGUGUUAUGAAAAAAAUUAAAUUUUAGCUUAAAAUUGGGCGGUAAAUGUUAACGAUCUCAUAGUUUUGGCCCUGUUCGUCUCUGUCGUUUUAUUCCAGAUUUUACAAUAUCUUUAGUGCAAGUCAACCACUCAAUAUUAAAUUCUAUUCAUAAUCUGAUGCAGCAAUUCAAUUGAGAUUCGAAUUAAAAUUACCAAUAUAUAGAGAUUAGUUUGAAGUCCAUUUCCAGUCAAUUAAUGAGCUGAUUUUGAUAUAGAUGCUACGCAAUACAAUUAAAGAAUCGUAAUUAUUAAAAGUAUUGACAUGCUUUAAUCUUCUUAUAUCGGAUACAUAAUUUAAAUAAAUAAGGGAUACAAAUCAUAAAACAAAGGUUUUGGUGGUUCAUCAAUAUUCAUAGUAAAGUCUUCGACAGCGGUAAUCCCUUAUCAUAACAUUGAUUACAUCUUCCUAAACAAACUCGUAACAAACCAUAUAGUAUCGCUUUUAUUUGUAUUAUUUAUUUUAUUCGGGCUCAGUGGUUGUCUCUGUUUAACGAACAAAACAAAGCAACAAGCAGUGUAAAGUCUUUCUGAAGCUGGAAUUUGUGUAUUUAAUUUUUUUAAUAUAACGAUCAUACUACUGUACAAAGUAUCAAAAUGAUUUGUUCCAAGCAGAUGCUAUUUUAAAUGCGAUGUUGAUGUUAUAACAUUGGGUAAUUAACUUAUUGUGUGCAUGUGUUUUGGUCAAAUUCGUAACAUUUUAAAGCGAAUUUUGUAGUUGAAAAUGUAGUUUUUUUGCUUACUUUUAUGUCGUAUGUUUAUACACAAAGGCUUUACUGUAUUCAUGUUAACUGUAUAUUUAAACCAAGUUAACCAACCAACUGUAUAUAAAUUUACUAAUUUUGAAACCGUUUUUGUUAUGAAUUUUGUAUUAUUAUUAAUUAAUUGACCUGAAGUACAAUUUUAUAUGUUUAUUAUAAUGCCCUUAGACCAAUUAGAACAUAUCGAUUACCUCCACAAGUUUCAACAUUGUCAAUAGUUUAUUUAUUUUAGAUGGCUCUAAAGCAGUUUCAGUACGCCAUUUAUUUACUGGACUAUAGCUUUCAUCUUAGUUCUCUGUAUCGGUCUAAGGUUAGGUAGCUUGUUUUGGCAAUUAAAAUAUUGUCGUCCUUGUCACUUUGUGUAGCUGUGAGAAGGAUAGCGUUUAGGGUUUGAUAUCAACGAACAAUGACAAUGACCAUUCCAAUUAUAUUUAAGUGUAUAUGUAAUACGAUUAUCUUAAGAUGUUAAU